AUGUCGCUGCUCGAUGACGGAUUCGAGGCUCUUCUGGAGCCCUUCUAUAAUGGCAAGAAGCUCACCGAUCCAAUAUCGACCAAGGAAGACAAGUUUCAGCUGCUGCCCGCGUUCCUGAAGGUCAAAGGUCUAGUCAAGCAGCACAUUGAUUCUUACAACUUCUUCGUGGAUCACGAAAUUAAGGAAAUCCUCAAAGCCAAUCGCAUGAUAAGAAGCGAUGCUAAUCCUAGCUUCUUCGUUGAAUUCCUCGAUAUCAGGGUGGAAAAACCUGAUCGCGCUGACUUCAGCGAAUUUCGUGUGGCCAACGAGGUGACGCCACAUGAGUGUCGGCUCCGUGACAUGACAUAUUCUGCCAAAAUCGUUGUCGACGUUGCCUAUCUUAGGGAGAAAGUCCGAGUGGUGCGCAGAAAUGUUGAGUUGUGCCGGAUACCGGUCAUGCUCCGAAGUAACAAAUGCCGACUGUAUGGAGCUACAAACGCGCAAAUGGAGCUCAUGAACGAGUGCCCCCUGGAUCCGGGAGGUUACUUCAUUGUUGGCGGUACCGAGAAGGUCAUCCUCGUCCAGGAGCAGCUGAGCAAGAACCGAGUCAUUGUUGAGGCCGAUGAAAAGAACAACACCAUCCAAGCGUCGGUGACAAGUUCAACACAUGAGCGGAAGUCCAAGACCUACGUUCUGCUAAAGAAAGACCGCAUAAACUUGGUGCACAACGUUCUGAUCGAAGGCAUACCCAUUGUCAUCGUUCUGAAAGCUCUUGGGGGCCUCUCGGAUCUCGAGAUUAUGCAACUCGUUGCUGGAUCAGAUGGCAGAUUUCAGGAUGACUUUGUAGUCAACUUCGAAGAAGCGUGCAAAGUCGGUGUCUUCACCCAACAUCAGGCGCUUGACUAUAUUGGAGCAAGGGUGAAGAUGGGCGGCAGGGGUCCGUCUACCAAAGGUCCAACGCCACGUCGAAGUAAUGUCGAGGAGGCUCUAGAUGCCCUUGCCAACAUCGUCAUUGCCCACAUACCUGUGGAGGGUCUCGAUCUCGGGCCGAAGGCUACCUACGUGGCUCUUAUGACCCGUCGUGUUCUGAUGGCUCAUUACAACCCCAAGCUGGUUGAUGACAGGGAUUUCGUUGGCAACAAGCGGCUGGAACUGGCAGGACAGCUGCUCUCGCUGCUUUUCGAGGAUUUAUUCAAGAAGUACAUGAACGAUCUCAAGUUUACUUUCGACAACACGUUGAAGAGAAACCACCGAGGAUUAUAUGAUCCUUUGCAACAAAUAAGCGCAGCCGGCCGUCACAUUACAGAUGGUAUGAACCGAGCGAUCCAGACAGGAAACUGGAGCGUGAAGCGAUUCAGAAUGGAGAGAGCCGGUAUUACCCACGUCCUGAGUCGACUGAGCUACAUUGCUGCAUUGGGUAUGAUGACUCGAAUCAGCAGUCAGUUCGAGAAAACUCGGAAGGUCAGUGGUCCUCGUGCGCUCCAGCCAUCACAGUGGGGUAUGCUCUGUACUUCGGACACACCCGAAGGUGAAGCUUGUGGACUAGUAAAGAAUCUCGCUCUCAUGACGCACAUCACCACCAACAUAGACGAAGAGCCUGUCAAGAGAUGGGUCUUUACCUUAGACUCCGGAGUGGAGCCCUUAAGAUGCUUUUCAGGGGCAGAGAUGCAUCAGCCUGGUACAUACAUCAUUCACAUCAACGGUACGCCUUUUGCUCUGACUCGAUUUCCCAAGCGAUUCGCGGCAAAAUUCAGGACUAUGCGUCGUCGUGGCUGGAUUUCGCCUUUUGUUAGCAUCAACGUCAACACCCAUCUCGCAGCCGUCCACAUUGCCACAGACGAGGGCCGAAUUUGUCGACCCUACAUCAUCGUGAAGAACGGCAAGGCCAAGAUCAAGGAGAGCCAUCUGAGAUUACUUCAAGCUGGCAAAGCAACAUUUGACGACUUUCUAACCCAAGGCAUCGUCGAAUACCUUGAUGUCAACGAGGAGCAAGACACACUCGUAGCUCUAUACGAGAAAGAAAUCACAAAAGCAUCUACUCACGUGGAGAUUGAACCGUUCACAAUUCUGGGUGCCGUUGCCGGGCUCAUUCCGUUUCCUCACCACAAUCAAUCCCCUAGAAAUACAUAUCAAUGCGCUAUGGGUAAACAAGCCAUUGGUGCCAUUGCGUACAACCAGUUUAACCGCAUCGAUACUCUUCUGUACACGCUUGUGUAUCCUCAGCGGCCCAUGGUCAUCACGAAAACCAUCGAGCUUAUUCGGUACGACAAGCUACCCGCCGGGCAAAAUGCCACAGUCGUAGUCAUGUCAUACUCGGGCUACGAUAUCGAAGAUGCUCUCGUGCUCAAUAAAGCAUCCUGCGAUCGUGGUUUUGGAAGAUGCCAGGUGUUCAGAAAAUAUUCUGCUGAGCUUCAGAAGUAUGCCAACGGCACACGUGAUCGAAUUGGAGACAAUGACGGGACUCAAGAGAAGAACCGGGCUCUAUCGCGGGAUGGUAUCGCCGACGUGGGCGGGGAGAUCCGGAAUGGCGAGGUAUUGAUCAAGAAAGAAAGUCCUGUCGAUACAACGCCUGGGAUCGGAAACGACAGACGAUCAGACGAAUACCGGGAGGCACCUCUUUCUUACCGGCUUCACGAUCCUGCCUACAUUGACAAGGUCAUGGUCACCCAGACAGCAAGAGAGACACAGCUGGUCAAGAUUCAGACAAGGCAGACGCGACGCCCCGAAUUGGGAGACAAAUUCUCGUCGCGCCACGGUCAAAAAGGUGUCGUUGGUAUCAUUGUGGAUCAGGAAGACUUACCCUUCUCUGACAAGGGCCUGGUCCCGGACAUCAUCAUGAACCCUCAUGGUUUCCCUUCUCGUAUGACCGUUGGCAAGCUGCUGGAAUGUCUCACAGGCAAAGCUUCCAUCAUUGAAGGGCGUAGAGAUUAUGGUUUUGGUGACGCUUUCCGCUCGCACCCUCUUGAGGAGAUGAGCAAGAGCCUUGUCGAUGCUGGCUUCUCGUGGGAAGGAAAGGACUACUUCACAUCGGGAAUCACGGGCGAACCAUUACAGGCUUACAUUUUUAACGGACCUAUCUACUACCAACGGCUGAAGCACAUGGUGCAGGACAAGAUGCACUCCCGUGCACGAGGUCCUCGGGCCACGCUCACUCGACAGCCAACCGAAGGUCGAUCCAGAGAGGGUGGAUUACGUCUCGGAGAAAUGGAGCGUGAUUGUUUGAUUGCGUACGGAGCCUCGCAGCUUCUGCUGGAGCGUCUGAUGACGAGUUCGGACGCCACCAACGUCGACAUCUGCCAGAAGUGUGGUCUCAUGGGUUACAAGGGCUACUGCAGCAGUUGCCGAACGAGUCGGGAGGUGGCCAAGAUGACUAUGCCGUAUGCAGCGAAGCUUCUAGUCCAGGAACUCAUCAGCAUGAAUGUGGGAGUCCGGCUGCAGCUGGAGGAUGAAUUUCCACAUCCCCGUUGA